CACCAACUUCUUAUAGUUGCCGCGUUGGAUUUCUUUCUCGUUUUUCUUGCAUAAACAACUAUAAUUAUUAAUUAUUUAUCUUGCAAACUAGCUUUUAUUAUUUCAGGGAUUCAUUUCUUGCUUCAGCAUUCCUUGACAGAAAGAAACAUCUGUGAACGUUUUAACGGCAUUAUUAUAUGAGACUCACGUUUUAUUAAAAAAAGUUGAAAAAAAAACAAUUUAAUAUUUCUUUAACUUUUGCAUAGUCGAGUGGACAGGAACGGGGACUUAAAGAAAGAAUUUAAAAUAAAAGUUAUUGUCGACACAGAAUAGACUUGGAUUGAAUUUGACUAUUGAGUUGAUUUGAAUUAAAGAAUGGCUGCCGAACAAAGAAAAAUCAUUGAACAGCUUAUGGGAAGUAACCUUUCCAAUUUUACAAGUCGAGGCCAAGUUCACUUUACUGAUCGCAAAGUAUGCAGAAGUUUCUUAUGUGGAAUAUGUCCUCAUGAUAUUUUUACAAACACAAAAAUGGAUUUAGGCCCAUGCCCCAAGAUCCAUAGUGACAAGCUGAAGUCAGACUAUGAGCGAGCCAGCUACUCGCAUAGUUAUGGUUACGAAUGGGACUAUUUGGAAGAUUUGGAACGACAUGUAGAUGAAUGUAAUCGAAGAAUUGAUAUUGCUGAGGCAAGAAAGGAAAAAACCACAGAGGAAAUUGAACGAACGGAUGAACUGAUGCGUGAAAUUGCUCAUACAGACCAUUCCAUCGAAGUUUUGAUUGAGGAAAUGAAAGCCUUAUCGCAGAAAGGACGUGUCAACCAGACUAUGAAACAUUAUAUCGAGCUACGUCGUCUGAGAACUCAUAGACAGGAGUUGCAUCAAGAAGUGAUAUCUAUGAAUGAAGUCCCCAGUCAAGCUGGUACGACACAUCAAAAGCUGCAAGUUUGUGAUGUUUGUAGUGCAUAUCUGUCUCGAUUGGAUAAUGAUAGACGAUUGGCAGAUCAUUUCUCUGGAAAGAUGCAUCUUGGAUAUGCAAUGCUACGAAACCUGGCUAAGGAUCUUCGUGACCAGUUAGAAUUACAAACUUCUGAUAAAAAUGAAGAAGAAGGAGGACUGGAAGCUGAGAAUCAAGAAUAUGGAGAACAACAUUCAAUGCUCACGUAACUUGAUGAUUCUCUCCUAGACACUGCUACAUCUAAUAGUAUCUUCACGUUCCUACUAGUAGGGCCGUCCUAGUACCUAUUAUACAUGAUAUUCUCUUGGUAUACUUUAUGGAUAAUAUAGGCAUGCAUCUUUCCUUCGUUUUCUCCUUUAGACAUACUCCGAAGUUUAUUUUAUUUUUCUAAUAUUUAGGGUUUUGAUUUUUUUUAAAAAAAAGUAGAAAUUUAUUCAUGGCAAAUAUGAAAUAGGAUCAAUGAUGCA